AUGCCCACAAAAAGCAAAUCAAAAGGAGGUAAGAGAAAAAAGGACUUGAACAAGGGAGGAGCAGGAACCAAGAGAGACCUCCAACUCAAAGAAGAAGGACAAGAAUAUGGUACAGUGGUUAAAAUGUUGGGUAACGGAAGAUUGGAGUGUUAUUGUUUUGAUGGUAAAACAAGGCUAUGUACAAUCCGUGGUACGAUGAGAAGAAAAAUUUGGAUUAAUCAAGGAGACACUAUUCUUGUUGGUUUGAGAGAUUAUCAAGAUGAUAAAGCAGAUGUUAUUCAUAAAUAUCUUCCUGAUGAAGCUAGAGAAUUAAAGAAGCUUGGUGAAAUUCCAAAGGAUGCAAAGAUUAACGAAAAUACCGAAGAACAAAUUGGUAUUGAAUUCGUUGGAGAUGAACAAGGAGACGAAUCGGAAGAAGAAGGAAGCGGAGCAGAAGGAGAAACUAUCAACUUUGAUACUUUGUAA